AUGCACAUGCGUAGCAUGUCUUCUAGCGUGCGAAUGGUUCUCUCUGUUUGCCCGUCUGUCUCUGGAUGUAAAGCUGUGCUGAGGUUGAGCUCCGUUCCCAUUGCUCCUUGCAAUGCUUUCCAAAACGCUGCCGUGAAUCUUGGAUCUCGAUCUGACACUAUGUCUGCUGGCACUCUGUAAAGGAGUCCGAGCUGGCCGAGGAACGAACGUCACGCUCGGCCAGAAUCUGUCCGUCCGUCUGAAGUCUCGGCCAAAGUCCAAAACCGUUCGGCCGCACGCAAGUCACGACCCGGGAAACUAUUGCCCGCGGUCGGCCACGCCACAACCUCACGCCACGCCGCGCACGACCAAAGCGCGCGAGCCGGGAAGCAAGCCUCGCGGCCGCGCAACCUGUCGCGUACCACGCCGAACGCUCCGUCCGAGCCGGGAACUACGUCCCGCGUCCGGCCGAGAGAAUUCAUCGGCCAAUCUUCAUCCGUCCGACCACAGCGGCCGACCACGACCGUUCCGAUCGUACUAGGAGCGGCCACGACCCGAUUCCGGCCGAUCGUCCCGACCGACCGUCCCAACGCCGCGGUCGACCCGAAGCCCGUUUUGAAGCCCGAUUUCAUAUUUUCAAGCCCGGCUUAA